AUGGCUUCAGGAAGUAGUAUCUCUGGCUCCCCAAACAGCCAUCAUAGUAAUAACCCUGAUGAAGGCAGCAGUAGAAGGAUGCUUGAAGAUCCAGAUAUGCGACAUUUCAUAACAUGGUCAGGCAUGGGUGAUCUGUUCAGUGUAUCUAAUCCAACAGCAUUCUCAAAAAAAGUCUUGCCUCGUUAUUUCAAGCAUAAUAAUUGGCAAAGUUUUGUACGCCAAUUAAACAUGUAUGGUUUUCAUAAAGUCAACGAUAUGAUCCAUUCCAAUCUGACCAACGAAAACCAAACCUGGGAAUUUCGACAUCCUAAUUUUCGGAGAGGUCGUGUCGAUGACCUUCAAAAGAUCAAACGAAAAAGUCCCAAAGCACCUACUUCCUCCCCAGCACGUCAAGUACGAGUGCUCGAUCGAACCGAUUCCGAGGACGAUAUGUACAUGCCUUUACAAAAGCAACUCAACAACGUCGAAGAACGCGUUAUUGGCAUCUCUCAAGCUUGUCAAUUGUUAUACAGCGAAAUGAUCAACGUGAAACAAGCUUUGUCAGAACAACAGCAGAUGUUGAAAACGAUUGUCGAUUUGUUUAGUCACCAACGUCCCGCGGAAGUAGAUCCCUUGGUGAAGACUGAUCCACAAGCCACGUCCGAGGCCAAACUGAUGUCAACCGUACAAUGUCAGUCCCCCACGGCCUCACUAAGCGGAACCAGUUCUAUUUGGUCGCGUGUUCGUCAUGAAGGCCAGACUUCACAAACAUCUAAUUGUACUUCCAAGUCAUUUGAUUCACCAUUGCAACCUCCUCUGCCUUCCGUGGAUGUAGUGCGAUGGCGCGAUAACAUGGACGGAGUCGUGUCACGGACGUUAACGCCGCCAUCAGGCUAUCGCGGAACCGACGAUGGUCGCUUACACUUGCCUCACCCUAGCCAAACCGAAUUUCCACCGACCAUGACCCCAACAUCAGCUCAGACACCUGGAGUAGGGCAGUCAGAUCCGUCGAAAAGAACCCGCACCGCUUUGAUGAGUUUCGGCAAGCAAUCACAUCUACUUAAUCCACUCGAUGUUGAUGACAAUGAUUCAAGAAAGGAUAAAUAUACAAAACGACGUCGGAAAGAUCACGAAUAUAUCCCCUAA